AUGAGUGACCGCAAAAUCGUUCUAGUGACAGGGUGUGCCAAGGGUGGUAUUGGGUACGAGUACUGCAGGGCGUUUGCGGAGCAGAAUUGCCAAGUUUUCGCGUCUGACAUCACCCGUAGGAUGCAAGACAUGUUGGAUUUGAAGUCCGACAACAUAGACACGCUCGAGCUGGAUGUGGGUUGUGACGAGAGCGUGGCUUCGGCCGUGGACACUGUACUGUCCAAAUGCGGACGCAUAGACAUUCUGAUUAAUAAUGCCGGGAUAGGCAGCACUGGCCCUCUAGCAGAGCUGCCCCUAGACGCAAUCCGGAAGGCCUGGGAAAUCAACACCCUGGGUCAGAUAAGGUUGGUGCAACACGUGGUCCCCCACAUGGCUCUGCGUCGAAGCGGGAGCAUAGUGAAUGUUGGCAGUGUUGUGGGCACAGUGUCCACGCCAUGGGCAGGGUCUUACUGUGCCAGCAAGGCUGCCGUGAUUGCCAUGUCUAACAGCCUGCGUGUUGAACUCAGGCCAUUUAGGAUUAACGUGGUUCAAGUCCUGCCAGGGGCCGUCAGGUCCAAUUUGGGGAGUGCCAAUUUGGAGCAAAUGGGGGAUUACCAGUGGAAGCUUUAUAGGGAUUUUAAAGACGCGAUCGCGGAACGAGCAAGAGCUUCCCAGGGUGAGAAAGCCAUGGAUGGAACAGUGUUUGCCAGACAUGUUGCCAGGAAAGUUUUGAGCCACAAACCACCCAGGCAAAUCGUGUUCGGUCACAUGACUGGCUUGUUCGCCCUGCUCUCUUGGUCUCCCCUGUGGGCGAGAGACCUCUUUUUCUCCAACCGUUUCGGCCUAAACAAAAGCGUUCCAUGAUUUGUAUCCAUUAUUGGGUAGGAUUUGAUCAAAUCUAACGGAGAAGAAUUUAAAUCCUGAAUAUA